AUUGACCAAUGAGGAUUUCGGGGCGGGAUCCUUCGCCGCGGCGGAGUCCAAGAUGGCGGCGUGCGGUUCCGCUGUGUGAAACGAGCGCGGGGCGGCGGGUUAAUCUGCUCCGCGGAGACGACCUCCGACGACCCGCAACAAUGAAGGGGAAAGAGCGCUCGCCAGUCAAGGCCAAACGCUCCCGUGGUGGUGAGGACUCGACUUCUCGCGGGGAGCGGAGCAAGAAGUUGGGGGGCUCUGGUGGCAGCAAUGGGAGCAGCAGCGGCAAGACCGACAGCGGCGGCGGGUCGCGGCGGAGCCUUCAUCUGGACAAGUCCAGCAGCCGAGGUGGCAGCCGCGAGUAUGACACCGGUGGGGGCAGCUCCAGUAGCCGCUUGCAUAGUUACAGCUCCCCGAGCACCAAAAAUUCUUCGGGCGGGGGCGAGUCGCGCAGCAGCUCCCGGGGUGGAGGCGGGGAGUCACGUUCCUCCGGGGCCGCCUCCUCAGCUCCCGGCGGCGGGGACGGCGGGGAAUACAAGACCCUGAAGAUCAGCGAGUUGGGGUCCCAGCUGAGUGACGAGGCGGUGGAGGACGGACUGUUUCACGAGUUCAAACGCUUCGGUGAUGUAAGUGUCAAAAUCAGUCAUCUCUCGGGUUCUGGCAGCGGGGAUGAGCGGGUAGCCUUUGUGAACUUCCGGCGGCCAGAGGACGCGCGGGCGGCCAAGCAUGCCAGAGGCCGCCUGGUGCUCUAUGACCGGCCCCUGAAGAUAGAAGCUGUGUAUGUGAGCCGGCGCCGCAGCCGCUCGCCUUUAGACAAAGAUACUUACCCUCCGUCUGCCGGCGUGGUUGGGGCCUCAGUAGGUGGCCACCGGCACCCGCCUGGAGGAGGCGGUGGCCAGAGAUCGCUUUCCCCCGGUGGCGCUGCCUUGGGAUACAGAGACUACCGGUUGCAGCAGUUGGCUCUUGGCCGCCUGCCCCCUCCGCCUCCGCCACCGUUGCCCAGAGAGCUGGAGAGAGAACGAGACUACCCGUUCUAUGAGAGAGUGCGCCCAGCAUACAGUCUUGAGCCAAGGGUGGGGGCUGGAGCAGGUGCUGCCCCUUUUAGAGAAGUGGAUGAGAUUUCACCGGAGGAUGAUCAGCGCGCUAACCGGACGCUUUUCUUGGGCAACCUAGACAUCACUGUGACAGAGAGUGAUUUACGAAGGGCUUUUGAUCGCUUUGGAGUCAUCACCGAAGUAGACAUCAAGAGGCCUUCUCGUGGCCAGACCAGUACCUAUGGCUUUCUCAAAUUUGAGAACCUAGACAUGUCUCACCGGGCCAAACUUGCAAUGUCUGGCAAAAUUAUAAUUCGGAAUCCUAUUAAAAUUGGUUAUGGUAAAGCUACACCCACCACCCGCCUCUGGGUAGGUGGCCUGGGACCUUGGGUGCCACUUGCUGCCCUGGCACGAGAGUUCGACCGAUUUGGCACCAUACGCACCAUAGACUACCGGAAAGGUGAUAGUUGGGCAUAUAUUCAGUAUGAAAGCCUGGAUGCAGCGCAUGCUGCCUGGACCCAUAUGCGGGGCUUCCCACUUGGUGGCCCAGAUCGUCGCCUUAGAGUAGACUUUGCGGACACAGAACAUCGUUACCAGCAGCAGUAUCUGCAGCCUCUGCCUUUGACUCACUACGAACUCGUGACAGAUGCUUUUGGACAUCGGGCACCUGACCCUUUGAGGGGUGCUCGGGAUAGGACACCACCCUUACUAUAUAGAGAUCGGGAUCGGGACCUUUAUCCUGAUUCUGAUUGGGUGCCACCCCCACCCCCAGUCCGGGAACGCAGCACCCGGACCACGGCUGCUGCUGUGACUGCUUAUGAGCCACUGGACAGCCUGGAUCGCAGGCGGGAUGGCUGGUCCUUGGACCGGGACAGAGGCGAUCGAGAUCUGCCCAGCAGCAGAGACCAGCCCAGGAAGCGAAGACUACCUGAGGAGGGCGGAGGACGGCAUCUGGACAGGUCCCCUGAGAGUGACCGACCACGGAAACGGCACUGUGCUCCUUCUCCUGACCGCAGUCCAGAAUUGAGCAGUAGCCGAGACCGUUACAACAGUGACAAUGACCGAUCUUCCCGUCUCCUUCUCCUGGAAAGGCCCUCUCCAAUCAGAGACAGACGGGGCAGUUUGGAGAAGAGCCAGGGUGACAAGCGAGACCGUAAAAACUCUGCAUCAGCUGAACGGGAUAGGAAGCACCGGACAGCUGCUCCCACCGAGGGAAAAAGCCCUCUGAAAAAGGAAGACCGACCUGAUGGGAGCGCACCCAGUACCAGCACUGCUUCAUCAAAGCUGAAGUCCCCUUCCCAGAAACAGGAUGGGGGGACCGCCCCUGCGGCAGCUGCUUCUCCGAAACUCUGUUUGGCCUGGCAAGGGAUGCUUCUACUGAAGAACAGCAACUUUCCUUCCAACAUGCAUCUGUUGCAGGGUGACCUCCAAGUGGCCAGUAGUCUUCUUGUGGAGGGCUCAACUGGAGGCAAAGUGGCCCAGCUCAAGAUCACUCAGCGUCUCCGUUUGGACCAGCCCAAGUUGGAUGAAGUAACUCGACGCAUCAAAGUGGCAGGGCCCAAUGGUUACGCCAUUCUUCUGGCUGUGCCUGGAAGUUCUGAAAGCCGGUCCUCCUCUUCCUCAGCCACGACAGACACUGCCACCUCUACUCAGAGGCCACUUAGGAACCUUGUGUCCUAUUUAAAGCAAAAGCAGGCAGCUGGGGUGAUCAGCCUCCCUGUUGGGGGGAACAAAGACAAAGAAAACACCGGGGUUCUUCAUGCCUUCCCACCCUGUGAGUUCUCCCAGCAGUUCCUGGAUUCCCCUGCCAAGGCACUGGCCAAAUCUGAAGAAGAUUACCUGGUCAUGAUCAUUGUCCGUGCAAAACUGGUGAACAGCGGAUGAAGAUAUGGAAUUCAAAGCUCUAAUGGACCUUUUUGAAGAGAAGUUGUGGCUUAUGUGGAGUUUACAUGGGCCUCUGAUGGAAGAAAGCUAAUCUGUUUAGUAUUUGUGCAUUUUACUAAAAUGGCAGCUUAAAGUUGUGUAUCUGCUAUUGUGAUGCCAAUGCCGGUGUUUUAAGUGGAAAAAAAUGACCUCUUUGCUUUGUGCUGUGUACACAAGAUUUCUGGAAAAGUAAAGAAAAACCCUUUUUAUGGCUCACACAGCUUAAAAGUAGCUGUCACUCAAACGUGCGCUCACAGUUGAGCUGCUUUUGUUUUAUUCUAAAUAAAUUGUUUCUUUUGAGGAAAAUGUUUUUCUGCCUGGAAGUGAAUUGACGACAAACCUUUGACCCCUUUGUUUGCAGCCAAGGGGGUAUUUGCCGCUGCUCAGAUCUUGUAUGUUUUGAGCAAGAAGCAGGGAGAUCAUCAAUUUCAUUUUGACUAUCACGGUGUGUCAAUUCUGAAGGAUCACUAGUGUUACUGUGACCCCCUUUGUUUGCAGUGAAGGGGAUCAUUUGCUUCUCGGUCCUCAACGUGAUGAGGAAAUGGUGCUGUUUGCUGGCACGCAAGAAGCCGGGGCAAGCACCCUAAGCCUCACCACAGUGCACGAGUCGGGGGCUUUGCUGGUUUGAAGAGCCGGAGUUGCUGAAAUUUAAGUUGUGAUUUAUUUUGUUCACCCAUCACGUUUGACCUUAGUUUCAUUUUUAAUUUGAAGAAAAGUUUGAAAUUGCUUUAUCUUGCACUUAACAUUGCACCAAAUUGCCAAAAGAAGGAGAAAUGCUCCGUUUGCUUUUUAAAUGUUAAAUGAUGAUGUUAAUAAAGCCUUUCCUGACACA